ACACUAUGAAAGCAUUAAAUCAACUAGCGUGUACAGCUUUUCAAACUCCAUAUGUUAUAAAAAGUCACACUCCAAAUAAUUUGUCCCAAAUUUCUCAUUUCCUAGAAGAUCAUAUCAUAUAGUAUACCACAAAAAUACUUCAAUUCACUAUAUAUAAAUAGAAAAUUUUACAAAUGGCUUUAGAAGAAAGCAGUGUAGAAUUGACAGAAGAGAAGAUGGAAAAAAUGGCGAUUUUACCUGAUAAUAAUAACUCAGAUCAGCAUGAAACUACUCCUAAGUCUAAGAAAAAGGGUGGUAUAAUUACCAUGCCUUUUAUUAUUGUGAAUGAGGCAUUUGAGAAAGUAGCAAGUUAUGGUUUGUUGCCAAACAUGAUAUUUUACUUGAUGAAUGUUUAUCACUUGGAAGCUGCAAAGGGGGUUAUUGUAUUAUCACUAUGGUCCGGAAUUUCGAAUGCGUUAGCCAUUGUUGGAGGUUUUCUCUCCGAUUCUUACUUUGGUCGAUUUCGGGUCAUUGCUUUCGGGACCUUCUGCAGUCUUCUUGGAACAAGUUUACUAUGGUUGACUUCGGUAGUCCCAGCACUAAAACCAGCACCUUGUGCAAGGUCAAGUUCUGAGAGUUGUUCAUCAGCUACACCGAUCCAAUUCCUGGUCUUGUUCGGUUCUUUCGGCCUGAUCUCAAUUGGAGCCGGUUGCGUGAGGCCGUGUUCGUUAGCCUUCGGAGCUGAUCAAGUAAGCAACAAAGACAAUCCCAACAAUGAGAGAGUUCUAGAUAGUUUUUUCAACUGGUAUUAUGCCUCAACAGGGUUGGCAACUAUCAUUGCAUUAACAGUUAUUGUGUUCAUUCAAGAUAAAUUCGGGUGGCCGAUCGGGUUUGGGGUGCCUGUUUGUCUUAUGAUCCUUUCUCUUGUAGCCUUCUUUUUCGGGUCACCGUUGUAUGUUCAUGUCAAGGCUAAGGACAGCUUGUUUAUUGGUAUGUUUCAAGUUCCGGUUGCCGCCUUUCGGAAAAGGAAUGUUAGUCUUCCUCCUAUUGAUGCUGAAGAGCUUUACUUUGGUGGAAAUAAUGGUUCUGAGAAAAAAGUUCCUAGUGACAGUUUAAGGUGUUUGAACAAAGCUUGUGUAAUUGUGGAUCCUGUAAAUGACUUGAAACCAGACGGAUCAGCAUCGAAACCAUGGAGCCUAUGCACAGUAGAGCGAGUAGAAAAUCUGAAAUCAAUUCUAAGAAUCAUGCCAAUGUGGACUACUGGAAUCAUGAUGCUAGUAGCCAUGAACAACAGCUACACAACCCUUCAAGCGAAAUCCAUGGAUCGACAUAUUACUCCAAAAUUCGAAAUCCCUGCUGGUUCUUUCACUGUCUUUUCAGUAGUAACCAUCACAUUUUGGGUAGCAUUCUAUGACCGCGCUGUUGUACCUUUGAUGUCCAAGUUCUGUGGCAUGCCGCGAGGGCUAACACCCAAGGUUCGUAUGGGACUCGGGUUACUAUUAUCAUGUGUGGCACUGAUAGUUGCUGCUAUUGUUGAAUCAGUUAGACGAAAAGCUGCAAUCAACCACGGCCUGCAAGAUAAUCCUAGGGGAGUACUCGACAUGUCGGCUAUGUGGUUAGUACCACAGCUUGUGCUGCUAGGACUUGCUGAGGGGUUAAACGCGGUAGGGCAGAUAGAGUUCUAUUAUUCUCAUCUUUCCAAGAGUAUGUCAAGUAUUGCAAUGGCUAUAUUUACUCUAGGAAUGGCGGUAUCUAGUAUCGUGGGCACGCUCUUGGUUGAGCUUGUUGAUACUAUCACUAGUACUGGUGGGAAGAUCAGUUGGUUAUCAAGCAACCUUAAUAAGGGUCAUGUAGACUACUAUUAUUGGUUGGUUGCACUUAUGUGUUUUAUAAAUUUUGUGUACUUUCUUGUGUGUUGUCGAUUAUUCGGAUCCUCUGGGAGUCACACAAGUCACAAGAAGUCUGAUGAUGACAUUGUAGAGCACGAAUCGGUUUGAUUACAUGUUUCCUUUCUAGUUCUUUCAAUUUUUGUAGUUGUUUUUGUAUACCUUAUGUUAUACUGAUAUAAUCCUAUUGUAACAUUAUAGAGAUACUGAUAUUAUAUUACACUUAUAUAUUUAUUUCUUUCCUUAGAA